UGAAAAUAUCAUGUCCAACCGUGCAGAAGGCUGUGGACAAUGGCUUUCUGCAAAUACCAAAAGGGAAGAAACUCGAUUAGCUCCACUAAAGGGUGGAAAGACGAAGAAAACGAAAGAGAAACGCUUAUUAAAUCUUGCUUCCAGACCAGGCGGCGUCGAUGUACAGAUCUCUUGUUCCCCUCUCUCGCCGAGAACAGUAAAAAAAUUACGCAAUGCGAGGCAGACAAAGCUCAACAGGUUCUUCCAGGUAGAUGGACAAUUAAAUUGGAGAGGCUGUCUGAGGGAUAAUAAAGCCACGUCGAACAGAAAAGAAGACCCAGAAAAGAGACCGAUGAAGAUUCCAGUAAAGAGACAACGAGAAGAUUCAUCAUCCUUAAGUUNAUCAACCAAGAAGCAACGAACUUCCAGCAGUGAUUUCAGUUGUGACAAAAGUAAUAACAAAAAUAAAGUAGACUCACCCUCACUUGAGCAGGAACCAAGCCAGUCAUUUCAUUUUUCUCAGUGGAAAAAGGAUCAGAUGGCAAAGUGUGAAGAAAUUCUGGAUGGAGAUUUCACUAAAUAUAGUUCUUGUACACACAUGGAUAGCAUUCCUAGUGCUGGAGGAGAGUCAGGUUACAAAUUGAACCACAGCAGAGUGGGAGAAGUAUUCUCUGAGACACCACCCUUUGAGUUCACACAAUGGGCAAAACAACAGGUAGAGAUAUGCUCCAGAAUACAGAAGGAAGCUUCCUCUCCAGAGAUGACACUUCAAAAAUCUUUUAAUUCUGGUGAACAAAGUGAUUCUAUAAAAUUUAGUCCAAUGCACUCAGGCAAUCAGGCACAUUCUGAAUUUGAUUUCUCUGAAUGGGCCAAGAAUCAAAUCAAACUAUGCAGAAAUCUCCAACAAACUGAAGACAUGGCAGGAAAAGCUUGGGUGGAUGAAAAUUGGGAUGAAUGGAUUUAUACAUCAGGAAAGAUACUGUGCACAUCACAGUUAUAUAGAGAAGACUUGCAAUUCAAGUUUACACAUUGGAUGAAGAGACAAAUGCAGAAGUGUAGAAAUAUUCAAGAGAAUAGUGAAUAGAGGUCACUUGGCGCCAUGAAAUUAGUACUAACAGAAAAUAUGAAUUAGCAGCCCUCUCAAAUGGUAAGAGAUUAAAAUACAAUCUGACCUCCUUGAGCUGCCAGCUAAGUUCUAAAACAAAAUGACAGACACAGUGAUAUAGGUGUAAAAUCACUCCUUUAGAUGAAAAAUUUUUUAUGAAAGGGGCUUAAUUCAUUUUUUAGUAUUGUGAAAUCAGAAAGAACAGAAAGUCCUACUUCGUUGCUGAGAUAGAAUCAUGGUAGAUUGUUGGG